AUGUCCAGUGAGAAGUUGGCAGAUAUUCCGCAGCCAGAAAAUCUUGAAACCUUAACUUGUGGGUCAAAAAGGCCAAGGCAAAGGGUAUGUGAACUAUUAAAUCAGCAAAAUUUAGCUCCAAAUGGACCUUUAAUUGAGCUAACGUCAGACACGGAUUCUACAAAUAACCAGCAUAAAACUGGCAAGAAUAAUAAGAAACGCAAUAAAGUUUCAACAAAAACUGAUUUAAAUAAAAUAGCUUACCAACUAGUUUUAAUCCCAAAUGCUAAACCACCAGGACAGAGUUGGAUAUGGAGUUACUUUGAACAAUAUGAACCAACUGAACAAUAUAGAAGGAUUGUAAAUUGUUUAGUUCAAGUUCAACUGAAAAAUGGUGUAGAAUCAUUUAGUUAUUUUAUGGGUUCUGAUAAUUCUACUGGCAAUUUUAUUGUUCAUCUUUCUACACAUAGAAUUACUGAAGAAAGCCAUAGAAGAAGGAUGAGUGAGAUACGAAAUAACAAUCAGCUAUCACAAACUCGUAUAGAUGAAAUUAUUUGA